AUGUUAAGCAGCGUAAUACGGGGACGAAUGAUGGUGACGGCAAAGCGCCCGCUAAAUUACGUGUGGUUCUCGUCAAGUACCGAUCAAACCGGUAAAAAAGCAGAGCAGGCGAUGCAAUUGGCGCUACAGAAACAGCUGGAUGCGGUACAUGUAAAGGUAACGGACGUAUCAGGUGGUUGUGGCUCCAUGUUUGACGUACAAGUCGUAUCUGCGCAAUUCAUUGGCCAAUCGCGGGUCAAGCAGCACCGUUUGGUUAAUGAAAUUCUUAAGGAAGAGAUUAAGAGCAUGCAUGGAUUGACAAUCCGGACCAUGACACCUCAACAAUUUCAAGAAAAGUAA